AAGAAUAAAUUGGGGAAGAAUUGAGUCUGUUAGUUAUUUAAUGUCCAACAUAUCAUCGAAGUGUUAUUUUUGGUGUAUUUUCUCGUUUCACGUCACUGCAUAUUAAAACAUAGUAUCGGUACGCGAAUGUAUAUCGGAACUAGAGCCAAGAAUUACUUUGUGACUGAAAAUAUAACCAUAGAAAGGGACUUUUAAUGUUACUGUAAGGAAAACAGACGAACACUACAUCCUCUUUUUCCCUUACAAAAGAGUUUGCCAUUACUCUGAAAGGAAAGCGGCAGCCCACCCACAAACAGCUCGUAACCCGUCACCAAGGGACACGGGAGCGGUAGUAUCGCGAGACACUAGCGACUCCUCUGCGCUGCGGCUACGCCUCUGCUUUGUGGAAAGACUCCCCAGCCGAGUCACCUUCAUACUAUCUUUAUUGUGGAAAGGAAACCAUUUACGUGCCGCUUUAUCUCGACAGAACAGUAACCCAAUUCAUUCAAAUCACUGGCUAGGACGGCACCAAACCCCUCCCACACUGCACCAUCUCCCAUCAUGCCCCGCGCUGCUGCGAACUACAUCUCCCUGCGUGCUCUGGCGUGUCACGUGAUGUCACAAUCCCUAUAACCGGUCAUCUGUUGGACCUGGAAGCCCAUUGUUACCGCUGUUCGAAGCCGGGUGGGUUGGGAGGGAGGUAGCGGGGGUUUAUCACAGUAGAUUCCUGUCCUUCAGUGCAUGAACCCCACAGUUGUAAGGGAACAGUCCCUGUGCUCCCCGCUUCUUCUUACACCUGUGAAUAAAUAUAUGAAGCGCUAGUUUCGGGCUACAGAUUAAGGGAAGAACCGAGGAGGUACCCGGCCCGACGGACUACUCAUAGGACUGUACGAAGGAGAUGACUGUGAGGGCUCCAUCCACUUCCAUUGUGCGAUUCUUUUAAUUCAGCCCCUCUUUUUCUCAAACCGAUCCCUAUAAAGCCAAUGCCCCUGCCAAGCCCAUCCGCUCAUUCGCUGGUGGCCGGAGCAUCUUCCUCUGAUUCGGCGGCGGCGGGGUCUGCUGUGACAGCGGCGAGCUGUAAGUGGAGGGGACCCUGAUCGCAACGCUCGGCCCGUUCCGCUGUGCAGAUUGGGGGAUCGGCAGAAGGCAGCGCUGCUGGAAGGACGACUUACACACUAGGCCACCUUAAAACAAAUGGAUGCAGUCACGAGCAGGAGUUUGAAAAGAAGGUUUGAAGAGGUAGAUGUUGGCUCCCCCAUCUCUACGCCUAAAGAUUCAGAUGAUGAAAUCUCCAACAGUGAUAGCGCUGAAAGCUGUGACAGCAUCAAUGCACCGACCACCAAUGAGCUUAUGCCAACAUCUAUCCUUAAGCGGCAGAAACAGCUCAGGCAGAAGAAUGUGCGAUUUGAUCAGGUGACAGUUUACUACUUUUCCCGCCGGCAAGGUUUCACUAGUGUCCCCAGCCAGGGAGGCAGCUCUUUGGGCAUGGCACAGCAUCACAACUCUGUGCACAAGUACACUCUGUGUGAGUUUGCACAGGAACAGGAAGUUUCCCACCGUGAAAUUCUACGCGAGCACUUGAAAGAGGAGAAGCUUCACACACGAAAAAUGAAGGUAGGAGAGAGAUGGAUGAGAGACUGGCGGAGAGGAGAGAGAGAGACGCGAAGAGAGAGACUCGGAGAGAGAGAGAGACUCGGAGAAGAGAGAGAUCGGAGAAGAGAGAGACUACCGGAGAGAGAGAGAGACUCGGAGAGAGACGAGAGACUCGGAGUAGAGAGAGAGACCGGAAAGAGAGAGGAGACUCGAGCGAGGAGAGAGACUCGAGAGAGAGAGAGAACUCGGAGAAGAGAGAAGAUCCGAGAAGAGAGACUCGGAAGAGAGAGAAGACUCGGAGAGAGCGAGAGACUCGGAGAAGAGCAGAUGACUCGGAGAGAGAGAGAGACUCGGAGAAAGAGAGACUCGGAAGAUGAGAGAGACCGAGAGACAGAGAAGACUCGGAGAAGAGAGAGACUCGGAGAGAGAGACGAGACUCGAGAGAGAGAGAGACUCGAGAGCAGAGAGAGGACUCGGAAGAGCGAAGAGAGCCCGGUAGAUGAGAAGAGAGAACUCGGAGAGAUGAGAGAGACCGGAGAGAGAGAGAGUACUCGGAGAGAGAGAGAGACUCGGAGAGACUCAGUGUCUUCAGGGCAGUCUUUCUUAAUGGAGACUCAGAUGAGCGAUGACAGCACUAUCUCUGCAACGGUGGAUCGAAUGUCUUUUCCAUGUGGCUGUUCUCGGGACGGUUGCAGUAAUAUGGCUGGUCGUUUAGAAUUCAAUCCUAUCAGAGUACGAACUCAUUACCUUCACACAAUCAUGAAACUUGAACUGGAAAAGAAGCGCCAGCUACCUAAAACAACACAACCUGUGGAGGAAGAAGUUCCCCAUGCCUCCAUUGUGGUCCAACCCCAUCAGGAAACACAGGACUUUCAAGAAUUCAUUGCCGAAAACUAUCACCUGGAGAACGAGGCUGCCGUUCGACACCUGCAAAGUGCAGAGGAACGCCAGAGGCUUUUGGAUGAGGGUGAUGAGGCAUCAAGUGCUUCUAGCCUCAGUCUUGACUCCACUGUGGAGGGUUUAGAAGUUUGUCUUUUGGAGACACCCAUGUCCCUAUCACCCUCUUCCUGUCAUGAUUCUGUCCUGCUUUCUUCUGGCUCCUCUGUCCUCUGCUUCACUGAUGAGGACUCGGGGAGACCAGCCACUCCUCCUGAAUACACAGAUGACAAUGUGGUAUCUAUUUAUGAUCACAACCACACAGGCUUGGAAGCUGAGCCUAAGGUCACAGAAUCUGUCCACUCCAAGGCCACAGAGCCAAAUAGCUUAGAUAAGGUAGAAGCUGAAGAUUGCACAGUGCCCUCCUGUUUUGAGGAGGGACACACAGAGGCACUUAGUACCUCCCCAAGUGUAGUAGCGAAUUCCUCUGCAUCUGAUGCACAUACAGACAGGGUAACAAAAGCAUCAGUUUGUGAGGAGGGGGAACUGGAGGGGAAUCCCGAUAGCCAAACUAUUUGGCCAGGCCAUCAUUUCCCUACAGAAGGUACCCUGACUAUAUGACACAUUUUUCGGCAGCUAUUUUGCACAAGCCACUCAAACGUACCCCUUCUAAUUUAGUAUCACAUUUAUCUUUCAUCUUGCUUCCUCAAAGCAUGGUCCCAAAGUUUUUUGUUUUUUUUUUAAACUGGGUUUUGCCUCCAUUCAAUAUUAAGGAUACAUUUUCCUUAAGGGCAGAAAACAAGCAAUCUGUGUGUUUGACAAGGAUCCCUUAGAUACUGUGAGAUUUGUAUGUGAAAGGUCUUUGCAGGGUUGUAAUCAUCAGUCAACAUGUGAAGUCUACUUCAGCCAUGAUGUGGGCCAAAUAGGGUGUUUGACAUCCUUCUGGGUUUUGUUGCAAUUUCUGGAUGUCACAAGUUCUGUGUAUUCUGGUUGUGAUCCCAUCAGACCUGCCUAUCACAAAUCUGCUGGAGAAAGAGUUUUACCGUCCAAAGAAAAUAGGGGGUUCUCCUUGUAUCUACAUGCUUUUCCAAUAUUCAUUGGGUUUGGCUUGUGUGGAUCGUCACACAGUUGGGUACACACAGACCAUUUACACUAUUAAUGGAGUUUAAUCUGUUGACAAAGGCAGACGAAACAGGCAGGCACAUAAUAUAUGGUGCUUAUGAUAAGUGUGGAAUAUCACUUUCAUAGAGCUUGGCUGUCUUCUCUUCUGGUGCAUACAUACUUGAGGUCACCAAGCACCUGGACUAAUGAUGAAGGAUAAAGUCCUCCUUUUUAAAGCUGCUAGUUUUCAACCUGACAAAGUAGGUGGGUAUAUUUGCAUUCUUGACUUUUAUGUGAGUGUGUUGAGUGGAAGCACUCGUGCUUUUUCAGUUUCUUAGUGCUCGUCCCACUUUAUUACUAUAAAUGGAUGCUUGUUACCUUAAACUUCCCUUUCAAUCACGUGUAAAUGAUGAAAUUCCCAAAAUAUGGUUCAUUGGUGUUAUUUAUUCUCUCCAGGCAUUAAAUAUGUUCAGGAAUUUUAGAAUUAUUAGUUUUAGGGGAUUGUAUGUGGAUUUAAAUAACAGUAUUAUUGGGGGGGAGGGGGUCGUGGUUUUUUUUUUUUUGUUAAUUCUCUGGUUGUGUGGAGUCCUGGAAUAUAAUUCUUGCUUCCUUGAUGUUGGAUAGACCCCAUUGAUUGCCGUGAUGCUUGUCCGGGGCACAGCCCCCUUGUCUGCACUGAGAAGCUAAGCAGGGUAGUACAGGGUCCAGAUCUAUUUCCAGGGGAGGAACACCUACGUUUAUAUAUUAUCUUUUUGAACCAGAAAGACAAUUGUGUUUGAGUUUGUCUGGUCCUGACCUCUUUGAUUUCCAUGUUUGAAGGCUUGAAUGCUUGCACUGUAAUAACUAACCCAACCUACAUGCAAAGCUAAUGCUGCAUGACGUGGAUUUAUCAUACAUUUGCCUCACAGUGAUCAGUUAUUCCUAAUCCUAUACAUCAUGUGCACUCCUAGAUUAAUUACACAAGAUAGAAAGUGCAUAUCUACUUUAUCUGCUGUGCAAAAUUAUUCCCAAGUCCUUCUGAAAAAUGAAACACAGGGAGGUGCGCCAUAUUAAAUUCUCUCUAAAUCA